GGAGGCUCAGUGUCCCUCCUGAGCAGCAGGCAGAGAGAGGCAGAGGAGGAGGAGGAGAAGCAGAAGCAGCGCCCUUGCAGCCCUCCCCUGGCCCAGCUGGAAGCAUUGUUGGUUUUUAGCAGCAUCUGCACUGAGACAGAGGUGAAGCAGGUCUGGCGUUUCAGUCUCAGGUAGCCAUGACCCGUUGUGGUGGUGGCAACAGCAGCAUCUGGAUAAUGGGUAUAGCUUGGGCAUUGUUACUGCUGUGGGCCACUGCUGAGGGCUUGGAGGAUCGCUGCUUGCCUGGAGGGAAACACAAACCCAAUCCAAGCCCAGAAGAACAGCUGGGUGUUUGCCAGAUCUAUGCAGAAAAUGCAUGCUGCUCACCAGAGAUUGCCCAGGAUCUUUCCAAAGCCAAUGACAUCUACUGGAACCACUGUGGGAGCCUCAGCAGCAGAUGUGAGGAAUAUCUGGAGCAAGUGGAAUGUUUCUACCGCUGUUCCCCCAUUGCUGCUCAGUGGCCUCACCCUCGACGACCCACAACAUUGCUGGCAGUGCCCCUCUGCCAGAGUUUCUGUGACAGAUGGUAUGAUGCUUGCAAAGAGGACCUGACCUGUGCUCGGAACUGGCUUACAGAUUGGCACUGGGGUCCUGAUGGAAAUAACUGCAGUCAAGACUGUAUCUCUUAUGGCCAGAUGUACAGGGAUGGAAAGGAGCUAUGCGAAACCAUUUGGGAUGAUACUUUCAUCAUCAGCACUGAUCCCUGUGAGUGCCUGACCCUGACUGCCUCCGAUACAGUCUUCUCAGCCUCUUAUUCACACCUCAGAGACAACACAGAGGAGUCUGAAACCACCAAGGCAGACAACAAGAGAGAAGGCCACCUUGGCCCUAGCAAGCUCUGUACAAGCAACCUGCUACUCCAGCGUCUGAGAAGGAACAUGCAGAAACGUUCUGUCUUCAUGGAGGAUGUGGAAGGGAGUGGGAGUGGGUUCUGACCCAAUAUAGCCACCCUUCCAAGUGAAAAAUAACCCCCUCCCCUGUAAACACCUGGAGUUUCGUGGGAGGGGGGGGUCGCUUGUGAUUUAUGCAAAUUGUCAUGUUCCAUGUUACCAGCUUCUCAUUGUGUAGCUCUGUGCAAUUUGAUCUGGCCAUGUCCUAGGAAGCAGAUCUGGCACCUUAGCAGGGCUCUUGAGUCUGGUGCCUUUAGCAAUAGUUUACUUACAUCGGGGCACCUCCCUCUCCUUUGGAAAUCUGCCCAUGUCCACUGCUUUCCCCAAGCUCUCAUUUUGUACAAGUUAAAAAAAGAUAUUAGAGACCAGUUAAUAGUGAUAACUCCAUCACCCCCUCCUUUCCUUCCAAUGGCUGUUCUUCCACCACCACCACCUUGCUGCCAUACCUCUGAGAGGUGAUGUAAGUGAACCUCACACAAUUGAAGACAGCCAUCCUUCAAAGGCACUGUUGAGAGAACAAAGGCUUGGGUGGAAAAGAAAUUGUGAGUCCAAACUGCUAUGGCUAUAGACAUGAUUGCCAGUGGGACCUAAAAUGGUUGGGUUGUCACUGGUAAACCAUAACAUGGAGGCAGCAGGCAUUAGAAAAAACACUGGCCACUAGGCUGGGUUAGAGAACUGUAUUGCUGGAUUAGCUGGUGCAAUUACAGGCUGGAAUCUUAAAAAGCUGCAGUUACUUGAGAAGGAAUAGCUGCUAUUAAAUUUAGAUUUUAUGCAAAUACUACCUGAGAUUGUGGAAAAGAGAUUGUGCAACAGACAUGAAGAGAUAUAGACUGUAUGUAAUUUUAACAAUACAAUGUGUAUAUUUUUUUUAAUUGGUUAACUGUCAUGUCUGUGCUGCCUGCAUUUUUGUGUAGCAUUUUCUUGACCAACAAAACAACAUCCAUAUAUUCAGGUAUAGACACUGUGCAAAUUUUGUUUGUAAGACUGUCCCUUAAUGAACUUGCAUUUUCAGCAUGUUUGCAUCAAAUAGCACAUCAUACUCAGUUUAAAAACUUAUCUAUACUUGUGAGAAAAAAUAAAAA